AUGAAUCGAAGUCGAGAGGAUAUGAUGGUUGGGAAAGGUGCGGAGAAACGAUUCAUCGCCGGUACAAAAGAGAAUAUUUCGAGUGAUGAGGGAUCGUCAUCCUCAUCAACAAGUACAACCUCGAGUGAAGAGGAUGACGAUGACGAUAACGAACCGGCAGCUUACCGUCGAAAGAAACUGAAGAAUCGCAAGGAUGAUGAUGGACUGCCGACCGAAGGAAUUCCAUUAUCACCAGAUGCAAAUGCUGAAGAUGUAUCGUCUGAUGACACUAGUUCAGAGGGUGAGGCCGAGGUUGCAGAUGGUGAGGAGAAUAAUAAUGGUUACGUUGAAAAGAAGAGGGCAUCUGAUAAGAAUGAUAAGGAACGAGAUGGCGGUGAUAAUGGAACGGUCAGUGAUAACGACAGCAAUGGUGAAGGUGAUUAUGUGGAUAACGGAGAUGAGGAGGAGAAUGAGAGUGAUGAAGAUAAGGUUUGUGAAAUUGUUGGUUCGGUGGUGUUUUGCUUUAAUGGAUCGGUGGAAUGGAUUGCGUGA